CAAAAUGGGUCAGCGCCUGAGUGAGGAAUGUGAUCCGGACAAGGAAAUCGAUGUGGCAGAGCUGCAGGAAUGGUACAAAAAGUUUGUUGUGGAAUGCCCAAGUGGGACUCUGUUCAUGCACGAGUUCAAGAGUUUUUUCGGUGUUACGGAUAACAAGGAGGCUGCAGAUUACAUUGAAAACAUGUUUCGCGCCUUUGACAAGAACGGCGACAACACCAUUGAUUUUCUGGAGUAUGUGGCAGCUUUGAACUUAGUCCUCAGGGGAAAACUGGAGCACAAACUUAAAUGGACAUUCAAAAUGUAUGAUAAAGAUGGAAGCGGAUGCAUCGAUAAAACAGAGCUUCUUGAAAUUGUGGAGUCUAUUUAUCGACUGAAGAAAGCCUGCCACGGAGAGCUGGACGAGGAAUGUAAUCUGCUGACCCCAGACCAAGUGGUUGACCGGAUAUUUGAGCUGGUUGAUGAAAAUGGAGAUGGGGAGCUCUCGCUGGAUGAGUUCAUCGAUGGAGCACGGAGGGACAAGUGGGUGAUGAAGAUGCUGCAGAUGGACGUAAACCCAGGGGACUGGAUUAAUGAGCGAAGACGUAGUGCUGACUUCUAAAGCUGGACCAUGGACUGUCAAUCUGAAACUUGCACUUCUCAAGUGUGACCAUUGAUGUUGUGAUUUUGCAUCUAUUACAAUUUAUAUGUCAAUGAAAGAAAACAACCCUACAGUCAUUCUGGCUUUGUACUGUGGGAUGCUGUACAAACUUUAGAUGCAUGUCCACAGAUGUAUAUUUUGCAUUCAAAAGGGCUGCAUGUAGUCAAGCUAUGGAGCAAAUAGGUAACAGUAUUUUAUUAUUUAUUGCUGAUGAUGAAGGUUUGUUUAUCUGUAUUUUAUAGAUGCUGCAGUCGUAAUGCACUUCCUGUCUUUUCUUUAUGGGUUUUG